GGCAGGCCGAGCCGGGCGGCGGGGAGCGGCCAUCUUGGGGCUGCCCCCGCCCUCACCUGCGCUGCCCGCAGGUGAGCCGCCAUGUUGCGGCCCUGAGCGGAGCCGGGAUGCGGUGCGGCGAGCCGGCGGUGGCCGGCGGUCUGCUCCUCCUUCCGCGGGCGGCCCUGCUUCUGCUCGGUGUCUGCAAUGCUCUGUCCCUGGAAAUUAAAGCAAGCUCUAAAGUACGAGCUUUCAUUGGUGAACAAGUAACACUGAAAUGCUCAUUCACAUCUAGUUCACCCAUCACUGAGAGCCUGACGGUAGACUGGACAUACCGGCCCCUCGCAGGUGGUCAGAUGGAGACAAUUUUUCACUAUCAGUCCAUUCCAUACCCAACGACAGUGGGAAGAUUCAAAGACAGGAUAUCCUGGAUUGGGAAUGUUGCCAAGGGUGAUGCUUCUGUUGCUAUCCAAAGCCCAGUGAUGAGUGACAAUGGGACGUUCAUCUGCAGCGUGAAGAAUCCUCCAGAUGUGUACCAUAACAUUCCCCAGACGAUGCUGAUCGUUACGGAGAGGGGCCUUUCCUUCCAGCUAACGUCAGCGGUGCUGCUGUCCAUUUUAGUAUUUCUCCCUUCCAUCAUUGUGGUCAUCCUGCUGUUGGUAAGGAUGGGAAGGAAAUUUGGUGUGUUAAAGGAGAAAAAAAAACCUGGCUGUAAGAAAUCCUCCAUCGAAGUGUCUGAUGAGCCCGAACGUACAGAGACAGAAAACUGCUUGGGGAAACUGAGAAGCUGGUGUCUGAACUGUGUGGACACGGAUGAGGAAGACCCAUACUGAUGAAAGACUAGAGCUAUGGAUAAAGAACAAAAUUACAGCACUGAAAAUCAUGGCUAGAUAGGUGUAUGAAGUCUGCUGGAUACCCAGUUCAGAUUGAAGGACCUGCUCGAACAUUGGUAGACUGGAAGAAUCAUGCCAAUGGGAUAAUUCACUUUUAUUUAAGCACAAAAUAAUGAUUUUGGGAAUCUUUCUAAUUUAUUGGAAAAAAAAAAAUACCUCCUAACCUCACUUCUCCAGUGCCUACAGAAACCUCCGUGCCUACAGCUGUACAGCCUGUUUCCUACCAGCAGUCUGACACUGCAUGUUUCUUAGUUUACUUGCAAAUUUGUUUCCUUUGUUAUUGGUGGCAUCCCUCCUUUUCUGUGCCCUUGAAUUCCAACUGCCUGAAGCACGGGCUACUCCAGAAUGAUGUUGGCUCUCUAAGGUGAUCAUCAUGGGGCACCGACAAUGUUUUUUUCUCAAUUUUUGUGAAACAUAUUUCUGAGGACGAAAAAAUGUUUGAUUAGUUGGUAUAUGACAUCCUUUGUCUUGGAGUGAAGAGAACCUACUGCUUUUUAACUAUUUCUUGGUUUAAUCUGCCACUUAAUUACAAGAUCACCAUUUUGUUCCUACUGUUUUCUGAUUCUAUUUUUAAGUCACCAACUGCACAGUAGUCUUACCUUACAUUGUUGAAUUUUAUCUUUCCUUCUUUUUUCUUAUUAUUUGUCCAACAGCUGCAUUACUAGGUAUAUCUCCUUCUACUUGUAGAAGUGAAGCACAAUUCAUAUAAAACUAAUCUUUUAAAACCAGAAAUGCAAAUGGGGACUCUGUAUCUGGGGAAACAUUAACCCCAUCUACCUCAACCAUUGACUCAAGCAGUAUCCAAAGGAAUGAUCCGUGUUCAGAAGAACAGCCAUGUUCCUCCUCUCUUCUAGGUACCCUUUUAGGGAAACAGCUAAACUGCCUGGGAAGAAAGAGUACUUUCUCUUUCACCCACCUCGUCCAAUAGUGAUGGCAGAGAGCAGUAGGAUUCACGUCUGCUCAGUACCUAACCAGCUGCUGUCUUCUGCUUCCUUUCUGUAUGCGGCAUUGGUCAAAUAGUCUCUUUUUACACGUGUCAUAAGUUUACUGUUGACUUUGUGCCGUUACCAAUAAAUUGCUUUGUUUCA